AUGGCUAGUCGAAUCCUGUUGUUUGUGCUGCUUUUGUGGAUGAUAAGUGUGGUGACUCCUCAGGUUAUCAGACCCCUCUACCCAAUAUCAGGGACUGCAAACUCUAAAACAGAUGAUGGAAGUUCUCCAAGGAUAAACCUGCAGCGACCUUUUGUCUAUUUUGGACGGACGUAUAAUUACAUUUAUGUCAACAACAAUGGACACUUGACAUUUGACAAUCCACUGAGUACAUUUUCACCUUCAAGGUUCCCAUUACAUGGUCCCAGAGACUUCAUUGCUCCAUUCUGGGUGGAUCUGGACAACACAGUAAAUGGUGGGGUCUACUACAACCAAUACACCAGUGGCAGUGUCAUCCAACAAGCUACACAAGACAUUAGAGACUACUUCCCAAGCAUCAACUUCAAUGCCAACUUGGUCUUCAUUGCAACAUGGUACGAGGUGGCCUACUAUCCAAAUUCAGGAACACGCACAACUGUCCAAGCCGUGCUGAUCUCUGGAGACCAGUACUCAUUUGUGCUGAUGAACUAUGGGAUAAUAGCCUCAACUCCCCGGAAUGUACAGGCUGGUUAUGACACAAUAAACUCAGUUUAUCAUUUCACCAUCCCUGGAUCAUUCUCUGACGCUGCAACCGGCAGUAACUCAAAUUUCCGCCGAAGCAGCAAUGUCAAUGUACCCGGCCGCUGGGCUUUCCGGACAGACCAUGGAUCAAGUGGCUGCACUUUCAAUGGUGAAUCCUUGCAGUUGGGUGAUUCAUUCUGGAGCGACAGUACCUGUGCACAGAAGUGCACCUGCACCUCAGCAGGCCUACAGUGUCAAGGUCAACCUUGCACCUUUUCCCAAAUCUGCCAACCAACUGCCUUUCAGUUCUCCUGCCAGACAGUGCAGAGAGGCGCCUGCACCAUAAGUGGCGAUCCACAUUACUACACCUUCGAUAACACCGUGUUCCACUUCCAGGGCACCUGCACUUAUGUUCUCUCUGAGCAAUGUGGUCUUGGGUUGCCCUACUAUAGAGUAGAGGGCAAAAACGAGCACCGGGGCAGCACUCAUGUUUCCUGGACACGACUGGUCAAAGUGUAUGUUUACAACGACACCAUUGAACUUGUCAAGGGGCGCCAUGGUGAAGCUAAGGUUAAUGGAAACUUUGCAGCCACUCCCAUCUCCCUUACCAAUGGCACGGUUCAGGUUUAUGAGUCAGGUUUUUCUGUGAUCAUCAGUACUAACUUUGGCUUGGAGGUGUCUUAUGACACAAAUCAUUAUGUCAGGAUCAGUUUGCCCUACACCUACCAGAAUGCAACAUGUGGCCUGUGCGGAAACUUCAACAAUCGCCCUGAGGAUGACUUUCGAACCCGCCAAGGCGAACUUGUGAGCUCUGAUGUGGUUUUUGCCAACAGCUGGCAAGCAGCAGGAGACGAUGAGCCUGGUUGUGAGGCACAGUGUGGAGGUCUGGACUGUGCUGAAUGUACUGAAGAUCAGACAUCUUUAUACAGCAACAAUGCCCACUGUGGUAUCCUCCAGAACAGUUCUGGACCUUUUGCUGUUUGCCAUGAGCGACUUCCCCCACAGAACUUUGUAGACAGUUGUGUGUAUGAUCUGUGUGUUGGAGAAGGGUACCAACCCAUCCUGUGCCAAGCCCUAAAUUCGUAUGCAAGUGAGUGUCAACAGAAUGGUAUACAGCUGCCAAGCUGGAGGAGACAAGGCUUCUGUGAAAUUCCCUGCCCAGCCAAUAGCCACUUUGAAUCCCAAGGCACAGGAUGUCCAGCUACUUGUGUCAAUCCCAAUUCUACCCAAAACUGUCCUCUCCCUGCUCAGGAGAGCUGCAUCUGCAAUUCAGGUUACAUCCUCAGUGGUGGGGUCUGCGUCCGCCAUGCUGAAUGUGGCUGCAGCUUUGAGGGUCGCUACUACCGCUCUGGAGAAUCUGUAAUUCUAGAUGAUGACUGUGGGAGACGUUGUAGCUGCAGUUAUGGCUCCAUGACUUGUCGCUCCCAUGGUUGUGGUCCAUCAGAGUCUUGCAGAGUGGAGGAGGGAGAAAGAGGAUGCAGACCUAACAGCCAUGGAACAUGCUGGAUAAGAGGCCCAGGGUCAUAUCACACAUUUGAUGGAGUGACAUACCAGUAUCCUGGGGCAUGUCGAUUGACUCUUGCCAAAGUAAUGGGAUUGUCUAGUCACCCACAUUUCAUGGUGACAGCAGAAAAAGUGCCCAGAGGCCAGCAGGGUUUUGCCAGGUUGCUAAAGUUUGAGGCAGAGGGAACACAAAUUUCCUUUGAAAUGACAGGUGGCAGCAAAGUUUGGCUUGACGGUCAGCGGAUCAGACUACCAUUCAGCUCAGCAUCCAAUCGAAUCCAAAUCUACCACAGCAGCAUUCACAGUAUCAUCCUUCGCACCUCCUUUGGUGUGACUCUACAGACAGUUUGGCCCCACUUUGUGCGCGUCACCGCACCCAGUAUCUACAGUGGUUCACUGGGCGGACUCUGUGGUAAUUACAAUGGUCUCCCACAUGACGAUUUCCGUACACCCAAUGGCAUCCUGGUCAACAGCUCUCAGGACUUUGGUGACAGUUGGAGAGAUGGCUCCCUCGCUGCACACUGUGUGGAAAGCGUUAACAAUAACUCAACAACAAAUUACAAUUCUAGUGAGUACUGCGGCAUUCUUAGCUCACCAAAUGGGCCAUUUGCCCAGUGUUGGGCCAUGGAGGACCCAAGGGAGCAUGUGGAUGCAUGUGUGUACAUCAUUAGUGCUUCUACAGAUCCAGCAUCAGCGCUAUGUGAGGUCCUCCGAGAUUAUGCACUAAUAUGUCAACAGAAGGGCGUGAGACUGGGAGACUGGAGGAAUGCAACUGACUGUGAGCAAAGCUGCCCUCUGAACAGUCAUUACGAAGUCUGUGGAAGCGAUUGUCCUUCUGCCUGCCCCAGCCUCUCUUUCCCUUUCACCUGUGCCACUGUGUGUCAGGAGGGUUGCCAGUGUGAUGAUGGUUUUGUUCUCAAUGGCCACCAAUGUGUGCUACCAACAGCCUGUGGGUGCUAUCACCAAGGACGCUAUCGCCAAGGGGGGGAACAGUUCUGGAAUGGUGAAGAAUGUCAGAGCUUUUGUACCUGUGAUGGGACUACAGGUUUAGUCCAUUGUAGGCCAAAUUCCUGUGGUUCCCAGGAGUCCUGCCGUGUGGUCGAGGGUGAGUAUGGCUGCCACCCCAACCCUCAUGGCACCUGCUCUGCCUCUGGAGACCCUCACUACCUAACCUUUGAUGGCAAGGCCUAUGACUUCCAGGGAACCUGCUGUUAUGUGUUGGCAACCCUUUGUAACGCCACUGAUGGACUCCACCAAUUUUCUGUGGAAGCUAAGAACGAGCAGUGGAGAGGAUUGCCAGUUUCAAUCACAGCUGAAGUUUUUGUAAAUGUGUGGGGCUAUGAAGUGCAUAUGUCGAGGGAAAGAAGUGGUGUUGUUCAAGUGAAUGGAGAAAGUAAAAACGUACCUAUUCUCUUGAAUGGAGGUCAAGUGUCAAUCUAUGCAAGUGGACCUCGUGUAUUUGUGAGUGCUAAUUUCGGCUUGACUGUGACCUAUGAUGGAUCUAGUACAGUCUUUAUCUCUGUACCUGCAAAUUUCAGUGAAAAAACAUGUGGACUUUGUGGAAAUUUCAAUGGCAAUCCAAAUGAUGAGUUCCACACCCCAACUGGAAUGAUGGUCAGCACUCCAGAUGAGUUUGGAAGAGCUUGGAAAGUGGAAGGCAACUACACCUGCAGUGAUGGGUGUGGCUCCUCCUGCCCAGCGUGUACCAAUGAGCUUCCAGCUAGAGCCCAAUGUGAGGUGAUUCAGGCAGCUGAUGGCCCCCUCAGCUUCUGCCAUGAGCAUUUGGACCCAGCACCAUAUUUCAACGACUGUGUGUUUGAUGUUUGUGUUUCGGGAAAUGAAGGCCAUGAUCUUCUGUGUACGGCCAUUCAAACAUAUGUCAGUGCCUGUCAAUCUGCUAAUGUUCAAAUCUACCCUUGGAGACAAAACACUACCUGCAGACUUGACUGUCCAGCCAACAGUCAUUAUGAGUUGUGUGGUACAGACUGUGGCCACACCUGUGCCAGCAGCACUGAUGCCACCUGUGAGCAGGUUUGCUCUGAGGGCUGUUUCUGUGAUGAAGGUUUUCUCAGGAGUGGGACAAGAUGUGUCCCUGUGGAAAGCUGUGGCUGUCAAUAUGACGGCUUCUACUAUAACGCUGGUCAGUCCUUCUGGACGGAGGGUUGCACCCAGCAAUGUGAAUGCCAUGCUCCCAAUGACCUGCGCUGUUCUGCUGCAUCUUGCACUCCUGCAGAAGAGUGCAGCAUCAGAAAUGGCCAACUGGGCUGUUUUAAUGCAAUGUCUACUUGCACUGUGUGGGGAGAUCCACACUACAUCACCUUUGAUGGGGCAGUGGCUCAUUUCCAGGGCACAUGCUCUUAUAUCAUUACUGAGAGUGUGAGCCACAGCGACAGUGACACACAGUUUCAGGUAGUAGCCACCAAUAAUCACAGAGGCAACAACCGUGUGUCGUUUGUAUCAGCCGUGGAUAUAUACCUCUCAAAUCAGGCAGAGAUUGUGACUGUCAGGAUUGGAGCCAACAAAAGAGUGAAGGUAAAUGGAAGUGCAGCGUCUCUUCCAACCACGGUAGGAACUUUAGCUGAGGUGGUAAGAGAGGGAAGCUACAUAGUGGUCGAUGCCAUUGACCUGGUAGUCCAGUUCGAUGGCCAGAGUACUUUACUGGUCAGACUAGGCCAGCGCCGUCAAAAUAAAGUCACUGGGAUGUGUGGAAACUUCAACAACAACCCUGCAGAUGACAAAGUCUUGCCAAGUGGCACAACGGCACGGAACGACAAUCAGUUCGGACACAGCUGGAAGUCAAACACAAGCCAACCAGGAUGUGGAUCCACCGAUGAUGACAACAGUGAUGGAUUGAACGACUGUCCCUUUAGGGAGGAAUACUCAGAGCUCUGCGGUGUCAUCACCAACAGUAGCGGUCCAUUCAGUGAUUGUCACCUGUACUCAGACCCACAGCCUUUUUUUACUUCCUGUGUCUAUGAUCUGUGCCUCUACACUCCAGCCAACGGCAUGCUGUGUUCUGCAGUCUCAGCCUAUGAGAGAACAUGUUCAGUUUUGGGGUUAAACAUCCCUGAAUGGCGCUCGACUUUGCAGUGUGCUGAGUCAGACCCCUGUGAACAGCUGGACUGUGCAGAGUAUGAGUGGUGCGGUGCGAAGGACGGUGUGUACGGCUGUUUCUGUGAUGAGCACCACCAUCGGCCCAAUAAUGAGAGCUAUGAUUCUUCAAUCACUUGUGUCAGUAGUUCAGGCACCAUGUCCGUAUCACGCUGCCAGCUGUUUGAAGCUGGCUUCCACUCCAGCACCCUCCAUCUCCGAGAUGACUCCUGCAAUGGGACUAUCCAGGACGGACGACUGGUGUUCCACUUUAACAAUGGCGACCAGCUGUGCGGGACUGUUCUCAGGAGCAACGGAACCCAUUUCAUGUAUGAGAACACCAUCCAGGGUGAUGUGGACUCUCAUGAGGAAAUCAUUAGCCGUGAGAAGAGUAUUCAUCUGCACUUCUGCUGUGAAUACCCUCUGGCCCAGGCCCUGUCUAUGGAUGUGGGCAUCAACCCUGUUGAGAGCAUUGUGAACAAGAAGCUUCCAUCUGGCCAGGGUCGUUAUCAUUUGAGGAUGAUCCCUUAUGAGGACUCAGGCUUCCAAUUCCCCCUGUUCAGAAACAGGAACAUAGAAAUGGAAAUCGACCAGAGGUUGUACAUCGAGGUGCAGACAGAAGGAGUCGAUCAUCAGCAGAUAUCCACUAUUCUGGAUUCAUGCUGGGCAACACCUGUCAAUGAUGCUAUCUACCCUGUCCGCUGGGAUCUCAUCACAAGAGAGUGUUCUAGCGAAGCAGAUGGCACAGUUGAGAUCAUUCAGAACGGGAUCUCCACUGUGUCCCGAUUCUCCUUCAGGAUGUUCACUUUUACCAACUUUUCAUCCAUCUACCUGCACUGCCAGGUCCACCUGUGUCUUUUGAGACACAACACCUGCACAACUCAUUGCUAUCCAGGUUACCACACAAGAGUGGCGAGGGCUACUUCCCAUCAUGACACUGCAGCCAUCUCACUUGGACCACUAAUCUGGAAAAAUGAUGAAAAAAUGAAAAUGAGCAGUGCUUCAGGCCAGCUGACCUCACUGGUGACCUUGCUACUCAGUUUGCUGACUGCCAAAACUUUGACCUAGGAUCAUGAGUAUACACAUAUUUCACCACAACAUAUUAAUCAGUCAGCAGUAGCCCAAUCACAGUAUAUAGAUUUAAUAAUGGUCAGACAUUUUUGUUGUUGUUGAAAUCAAAUAAAAAGUGACUUUUCUGAUAGGAACAGUAAUGAUGGUGCAUGCCUGAAAAUAGUUAUAGAUGUUUUGGAAAUGCAUCCUGUAAUUUGCUCCUGAUUUGUGUCACUUUGGUAGUUUUUUAACACUAGAUGGCAGCAAACAAUAAUUUCUCAUUAAACCUAUGUUUGCCUUCUUGUAUUCAGUAUAAUGUUUAUCAGUUGUAUCCUCUGAACUGUUUCAGUGAUUUUACUCAUUAAAAGCAGC